AUUCUGCUAGCCUCCCGCUGCUUGUUAUUUUCUGCAACAAGAUGGCUGUCGUUCCCGAAAGCAGGGUCCUUACUUUCAGCGUUUUUAAAUGGAGCUCGUACUCCUCUACUUAUUUACCUGAGAACAUCUUGGUGGACAAACCCAAUGAUCAGUCUUCCAGGUGGUCUUCUGAGAGCAACUACCCUCCACAGUUCUUAAUCUUGAAAUUGGAAAGGCCGGCAAUUGUCCAGAGUAUUACCUUCGGAAAGUAUGAGAAGACUCAUGUCUGCAACCUGAAGAAAUUUAAAGUGUUCGGUGGGAUGAGCGAAGAGAACAUGACAGAGCUUUUGUCCAGUGGCCUUAAGAAUGACUACAACAAGGAAACGUUCACCUUAAAGCACAAGAUUGAUGAGCAGAUGUUUCCCUGCAGAUUUGUCAAAAUAGUGCCUCUGAUGUCUUGGGGUCCUAGUUUUAACUUCAGCAUCUGGUACAUUGAGCUGCAUGGUAUUGAAGACCCUGAUGUGGUUCAGCCCUGCCUUAACUGGUACAGCAAGUAUAGAGAACAGGAAGCCAUUCGCCUUUGCCUCAAACAUUUUCGGCAACACAACUACACAGAGGCCUUCGAGUCACUGCAGAAGAAGACUCGGAUAGCGCUGGAGCACCCCAUGCUCACUCACCUGCAUGACCGGCUGGUGCUCCAAGGAGAUUUUGAUGCCUGUGAGGAACUCAUCGAUAAAGCUGUGAGAGAUGGCUUGUUUAACCAGUAUAUCAGCCAGCAGGAGUACAAGCCCAGGUGGAGUCAGAUCAUCCCGAAAUGCAACAAAGGUACAAGCGCCCAAGAAAUCAACCGAGACGACAUGAACAGUGACGGUGACGACAACAGGCCAGGCAUGAGGGGAGGACAUCAAAUGGUCAUUGACGUCCAGACUGAGACUGUGUACCUAUUUGGGGGCUGGGAUGGCACACAGGACCUGGCAGACUUUUGGGCUUACAGCGUUCAGGAGAACCAGUGGGCCUGUAUCUCAAGAGAUACUGAAAAAGAGAGUGGUCCAAGUGCUCGUUCUUGUCACAAGAUGUGCAUCGACUCCCAGCGGCGUCAGAUCUACACACUGGGGCGUUAUCUCGACUCCAGCGUCAGAAACAGCAAAUCUCUGAAGAGCGACUUCUACCGUUAUGACAUAGAUGCAAACACCUGGACACUACUCAGUGAGGACACGUCAGCUGACGGAGGGCCGAAGUUGGUGUUUGACCACCAGAUGUGCAUGGACUCAGAGAAGCACAUGAUCUACACAUUUGGUGGUCGCAUCCUGACAUGUAACGGCAGCGUGGAGGACAGUCGGACCUCAGAGCCUCAGUUCAGCGGACUCUAUGCCUACCAUUGUCAGGCUGGGACAUGGAGCCUCCUGCGGGAAGACUCGUGUAACGCUGGGCCAGAAGACGUCCAGUCCCGUAUUGGACACUGCAUGCUGUUCCACACCAGAAACCGCUGUCUCUACGUGUUUGGAGGUCAGAGGUCAAAGACGUAUCUCAAUGAUUUCUUCAGCUAUGAUGUUGAUGGAGAUCAUGUAGAGAUUAUAUCUGAUGGCACCAAGAAGGACUCGGGCAUGGUGCCAAUGACGGGCUUCACCCAAAGGGCCACUAUUGACCCAGAACUCAAUGAGAUCCACGUCUUGUCAGGCCUCAGUAAAGACAAGGACAAACGCGAGGAGAACGUCCGCAACUCCUUCUGGAUCUACGACAUCGCCCGGAACAACUGGUCAUGUGUUUAUAAGAACGACCAGGCAGUGAAAGAAAACCCGAGCAAGGCUCUGCAGGAGGAGGAGCCAUGUCCACGCUUUGCACAUCAGUUGGUCUAUGACGAGAUGCACAAAGUGCAUUACCUGUUUGGUGGAAACCCGGGGAAGUCUUGCUCUCCAAAGAUGCGUCUGGAUGACUUCUGGUCCCUUAAACUGUGUCGGCCCUCUAAGGAGUACCUGCUCCGCCACUGCAGAUACCUCAUCAGGAAAUACAGGUUUGAAGAGAAAGCGCAGUCAGAACCACUGAGUGCACUUAAGUACCUGCAGAACGACCUGUCCCUGACGGUGGAUCACACGGACCCAGAUGAGACCAAGGAGUUUCAGCUCCUGCCCUCGGCACUCUUCAAGUCCAGCUCUGAUUUCAUCCCUUUGGGUUUCUCUGACGUUGACCAGACGUACGCUCAGCGAACACAGCUCUUCGACACGCUCGUCAACUUCUUCCCCGACAGCAUGACUCCACCCAAGGGCAACCUGGUAGACCUUAUCACCCUCUAGCACCUCCCACUCACGAACUCACCACUGACUCACCCACUGGACUGACUGAACACCAACGCACAUGCCCGAUAGGAUGAGGGAGGCAGAGAGUUAUUUUUCUAUUCCUGAACCUGCUUUUGGGAUUAAAUGUUAUCUGGCACAGCCCUGCCUCUGUCACACUGACAUCCUGGAUCGGUAAAUGUGAGGGUCGUAAACGCACACAACCAAUGCUGUGUUACUUGGUUAGAAAACAAACAGCGACCCGAGGUGCGUCUUCUUUCACUAUGGUAUCACUUUUCUCCCCCUAAACACAAGACCCCUCUGAACUCUGCCAAAUGUUGCUAAUGUUUUUCAGUUUCCCCCUUUUUUCCCCUAAAAGGUUGAAGCCAAAACAAAGGAGUGCAUGCAUUUAUAGUUAUUUUUCCUGUUUUCUUUUCCCUUAUGAUUUAUGUAGAAGUUACAGUUUGAACCCACAACCACAGGCACUUAUGAACAAUUUAGGCGCAAAAAACCAUGAGAUGAUGGCCUUUAGUUCCAGGUUGCUGGUUUUUCUUUUUUCCUUUUUUUUUUUUUAAAGUAAAACAGCAUGACGCCCCUUCGACCUUUUAGCUAAUUUUCACAAUUUUUUCAUGUUAAGCUUUUAUUAUAAUGAUUUGGUUUGCUUGCUCGACACACAUGCCCCUAUUUAUGAACUUGACAGCCGCAAAGAUGCAGAAAAAGACAAUUUUAAUAGUAUUGUAGGAACAAUAGAUGAACGUUUAAUAUAUAUAUAUAUACACAUAUAUCUAUAUAUCUGUUUAGGUUGGUUUUGGUCAUCCCCUGUGAAUCUGGCUGGUAAAUUUAUAUUUGACAACCAAACAAGGCGAAGUUUAUCCUUGAUAACUAAUGAAUUGUAACUUAUAAGUGGAUGAGUGGUGUACAGAAUAUGUAAAUGUACAUAGAAGGAUUUUGAAGAGAUGUGAAGGUGCUACAGCAUCUUACUGCUACUUUAUUCUCCCUCAUUUUCUAAAGUCAGGGUCUACACAGCUCUAUAACUUUACUACUCAUUACUCCAGACAGUUAGUGUGUGGAAGUGUGAAGUUUGAGGUGUUUUUUCAUGGGCUGUUUGUCCAAGUUUGUUGACAGGAGGAUCCUUCAGCCUGAUGGGUUAACUGCUGAAAUCAUCCUUGUUCCCAAUAAUUCCAUCUAAGUAGUUUGAUAAAGUAAAC